AUGCCCGCCACUGUACUACCCCUAAAGCGUGUCUUCGGCGAAGCUUCCAGCACUCGUCGGGAUAUUCCAUUGUCCCCAUCCGCCUCAGUCAAGAAGCGCCGGCUUGAGCUGCCAUCGUCAACUCCUUCCAAAAGGUUCCCGAACUCACAGAUUGGUGGCCGCUUGAACUCAAGCCAAAUAAAAAGCACCUUUGAGUCCGAGGUCCUCGAGAAGCUCAGCCAGGACAUAUCGGACCUAAAACAAAAUAACAGUGAAAGAGACCAGUCUUGGGACCGGCCGUCCCUCCCUGAUACCUUCAGCCAUAAUGUGGAUAGCCUGGUAUUUCAACAGAUUGAGGCCGAAGAGGGCACUAUGCAUGGUGGCCGCACCACGGUCAAACUUUUCGGCGUGACCGAACGCGGAAACUCAGUUGUGCUGCAUGUCACAGAUUUUCGACACUAUCUCUACGUGGCUGCGCCUUCGUCUUUUGUGCCGUCCGACUGUCAGGCCUUUCGUGCUUAUCUAGAAACACAGUUGGCCAUGCAUCAGAACGCCAUUCACUCUGUUCAAAUGACGAUGCGGGAAAGCAUUCUGGGAUUCCAGAACAAUACACAAAACCCAUUUCUGAAGAUCACAGUCACAGAUCCGAAGCAUAUUAGCAGGGUACGGUCUCUGAUUGAGGGAAGAAAGGCCAACUGGAAGGGAUUAUGGGGGCAGAGCGAAAAUCAGAUCAUGACUUACGACAACCUCCAAUACGUCAUGCGCUUUAUGGUCGACUCCGACAUUUUUGGAAUGUCCUGGGUGGAAGCUCCCGCGGGAAAGUACCAACUAGUGCCUGAACAGCACCGACAAUCAAACUGCCAAAUUGAGGCGGAAGUCAGCUGUAUCGAUCUCAUUGCCCACAAACCCGUCGGUACCUGGUCAAAAAUGGCGCCUCUCCGGAUACUAUCGUUUGACAUCGAGUGUGCUGGCCGCAAGGGCAUCUUUCCAGAAGCAGAACACGAUCCUGUCAUACAGAUUGCCAAUGUCGUGACACGGUACGGAGAGAAGAAGCCAUUUGUCCGAAAUGUGUUUUGUUUGGACAAGACUAGCUCUAUCGUGGCGACAGAGAUUCUAGAGUUCGAACGAGAAGAGAAAAUGCUCACAGAUUGGCGUAAUUUCCUACUUCGCAUUGAUCCGGACAUCAUCACUGGCUACAACAUCAGCAAUUUUGACUUUCCCUAUCUUCUUGAUCGAGCCAAGCAUCUCAAAGUGGGUGGAUUUGAGUACUGGACUCGCAUACCCAGCAUGAGGUCGCAGUCUAAGGAUACAAAUCUUUCCAGCAAACAAAUGGGCAGUCGUGAUACAAAAGCAACGAACAUCAACGGCCGACUUCAGCUUGAUCUUCUGCAGCUAAUUCAACGUGAUCACCAUCUUCGCAGCUAUACGUUGAACUCUGUCUGCUCUCAUUUCCUCGGCGAGCAAAAGGAGGAUGUGCAUCACACCAUGAUUACAGAGCUGUUUAACGGCACUCCGGAAAACAGACGUCGACUUGCCUUGUACUGUCUAAAAGAUGCAUACUUGCCACAGCGAUUGAUGGAUAAGCUAUCGUGCCUCGAAAAUUACACCGAAAUGGCUCGAGUGACCGGUGUGCCAUUCAACUUCUUGCUAUCCCGAGGUCAACAGGUGAAAUUUAUUAGUCAGCUUUUCCGCAAGGCUAUGGAUCAAAAGCUUGUUGUCCCCAACGUACAGCCGAAGGGCUCCGAAGAGCAGUACGAGGGUGCCACAGUCAUUGAGCCAGUUCGUGGCUUCUACAAAGUUCCCGUGGCAACUCUAGAUUUUGCAUCUUUGUACCCAAGCAUCAUGCAAGCUCACAACCUUUGCUAUACAACGCUGGUGAACAACGCAGCAAUUGAGGCAUUUGGUCUGAAAAAGGAUGUGGACUACAUUGUGACGCCAAACAAAGACAAGUUUGUAACCACCAAGCAACGCAAGGGACUUUUGGCACAAAUUCUUGAAGAGCUUUUGGCGGCAAGAAAGCAAGCAAGGAGAGAACUUGCAAUGGAGACAGACCCUUUCAAAAAGGCUGUCUUGAACGGCCGACAACUGGCGUUGAAGAUCAGUGCCAACAGUGUUUAUGGACUGACAGGCGCCACCAAUGGUAAAUUGCCCUGCCUCGAAAUUGCUCGAAGCACAACCAGCUAUGGACGACAAAUGAUUGAACAGACGAGAAAUGAGGUGGAGCAACGGUAUAGCGUGGCGAACGGCUAUUCGCAUAACGCACAGGUCAUCUAUGGUGACACUGAUUCGGUCAUGGUCAAGUUUGGCACAAAGGACCUCACAGAGGCAAUGAAACUCGGUGAGGACGCCGCACAGUUUGUGUCGUCUAAGUUUGCCAAGCCCAUCAAGCUUGAGUUUGAAAAGGUUUAUUACCCAUACCUGUUGAUCAACAAGAAGAGGUAUGCUGGGCUGUAUUGGACAAAGCCAGAAGCUUAUGACAAGAUGGAUACAAAGGGGAUUGAGACGGUGCGGCGUGACAACUGCUUGCUAGUGCAGACCGUGAUCGACAAGGUCCUGCGAAUGAUACUCGUUGAUCAAGAUGAGGUUGGAGCGCAAGCAUAUGUCAAGGACACUAUUGCCGACCUUCUUCAGAACAAGGUCGACAUGUCAAAACUCGUGAUAACUAAGGCGCUCACCAAAGAGAGCUAUACAGCGAAACAAGCGCAUGUUGAGCUCGCAGAACGAAUGAAAAAACGGGAUGCUGGAUCGGCUCCUGGCCUAGGCGAUCGGGUGGCAUACGUUAUGGUGAAAGGUGCCGCGGGGUCCAAAAAUUUUGAGCGAUCUGAGGACCCGAUCUACGUGCUGGAACAUAACGUCCCUAUUGACACAAAAUACUAUCUGGACAAUCAACUAGCCAAACCUCUGGGACGAAUUUUCGAGCCGAUUCUGGGCGAGACCAAGGCGCGAUCGCUUCUGACGGGAGAUCAUACUCGUGCUAUUUCUGUGGCGGCGCCCACGAUUGGUGGAUUGAUGAAAUUCGCGAAGAAGACGCAGACCUGCAUGGCAUGCAAAAAGCCACUUACUGGCAAGGAAGAAAGCCUGGGGGCAGUGUGUUCGGAUGAUGCGCCGCGAGUGGGCGAGUUGUACCAGAAGACGCUGGACAAGGUAUCAGACCUGGAAAUCCGUUUUGGACGCCUAUGGACGCAGUGUCAGCGGUGUCAAGGCAGUAUGCAUUGUGAAGUUAUUUGUAGCAGCAAGGACUGCCCAAUCUUCUACAUGCGAAUGAAGGCGAAGAAGGAUCUGGAGGACGCCAACAAGGACCUAAGGCGGUUCGAUUUCGACGUGGCCGCGAUGUGGUAG